GUUGGCUAGCUGUGUUGUGUGCGGUAUUGCUUAAAAAUGUAAUCGAAAAACCAGCCCUUUUAUACGGAGCGGACGUGUAAAGAUUUAUCCUUACAUUAAAUUUUGGCUUAUGAAUAAAUACAGUGUAUUUUUGUAAGAGGACUUAACUUGGGCCGUUUUGUAAAAACAACUAUUUAUUGCUUAAAGUUUACAACUUUAUAUAAACUUUGUGAUCUUUCAAAAUGAUAACAAAUGCAGUGAUUGUUUUGUCUCUUAUAUUAGGAACUUUGGGUCAAGUGUACGAAGACAAGCGUUGUAAAUGUGUGUGCCCGAGCCCCGCCAUGGUGUUCAACAGCACUGUGAGUCCGCAACGAAAGCUGUACAUAGCUGACGUGCCGCCCAACAAGUGCAACUGCCUCGAAGUAGUACUCCCGCGGCUCGGCGACUUGAAAGGCCGGGAGGCCGAGUACUGUCCGCGGUGCGAGUGCAAAUACGAGACGAGAAACACCACUGUUAUUAAGGUAGUGGUAAUAACGGUUGUCUGGCUGAUAGCUUUACUGCUCGUGUACGCCGGGUUCCUGGCUUGUUUGCAACCGCUCAUGCGCCGAAAGCGGACCUACAAGGAUCACUCUGAAGAGGCUCGACACCUAAUGCAAAGUUACGACGACGAAGACUGAGCUACGGACGCUUUAAACCAAGACCUAUGCGAUUACUUAACUGAUAUCGGCCUUAUGUACCUACACUUAAGACCGGUUUCACUUUGUUAGAUCCUAUAUCGGAUGUAGGAUCCUACCCGCGUAGUCAGGCCGCGGGCGCGCGCCCGGGCGCCAUCUUUAACGGUCACGCACACUACCACAAGCAUUAUGCCUACACAUACGCACACAAAUAUUAUCGGUCCGACAGCUGACGGGGGGAUCCGACAUGGCUGAAUAUGGCGAAUCGGAUUUCGGAAGGCGCCUAUGACAAAAACAGCUGCAGGAGAGUGCGAUUGCAUUAAGCCCGCCUUUUUGCGUUAUUUAUCGUUAUUUAUUAAUAAUGAUUUAUUAAAUGCAUUAAUAAACACAUAUAUCUUACAUUUUACUUCCUUCCUACAUCCGAUAUCGGAUCGGACAAUGUGAAAACGCUCUAAGGCUUACAAAUAGGGUAUUUGACUGUAAUAAAAUAAAUUAUUUUACACCAUGCAUUAAAUAAAGCACCAGAUGAUUAAUAGAGGAACGUAGACGGCAAUAAUUUUUACACAAAAUUUCUAUUUUAAAACCCGUAUAAAACUAUAAACAGUGAGUAAAAUGAUCGUGACGUCACAUGCUAGUGUUUCAUAUAAAUUCCAUAGUAGCAAAAAAUAGUUAUGACAUCGAAAAAAGAAACUGUUUUGACUAGUAGUCAAAUACCCUAUUAUCAGUUAGAGUUAGACCGAACGAGUAGCGACAGUACUAACAGUAACGACACCUACUGGCUGUUAUAUAAGUUUGUAUAACUGCCAGUGUGAGAGCACCAUAACACUCCCUGGUGGAAAAUGGUCGAACUAAAUCACUACAUAUAUACAGGCUGGCCCAAUACGUUGACAAAGUUUUUUCCAAUUAUUUUAUCAAGUACUUACGUAACCAGUACAAAAUAUGUUACAUAUUAAAACUACAGUCUUUUUGAAAGCAUACAAGCUACGUAAAACACAACUACUUGAGGAUAAAGAUAAAAAAAGUCCGCUUGGAGAGAUGUCGGUUGAUUAACCUUUAAAUGCAUAUUGUUGCCAAAUGUAUACAAAGCAUUAGACACUUGGACAGCUCACAGGUUCAACAGAAAAUAAAAAAUAAAAUAAAAUGGGUUCCAAAAAUAAAAAAAUCGUGCAUUUUAGGGUUAAGCAAUGUGCAGCUACUGAAAAGUGGGAAAAUGUACUUUUUACUGAUGAAAAACUUUUUUGUAUUGAACAGGCCCAUAAUCACCAAAAUGACAGAAUUUACACUUCUAGUCGCCUUGGAGAAGACGCGGUCAUUCAUCAUCGCCAAAAGCAGGAUUCAGUUAUGGUUUGGGCCUUUAAAAUAAAAAAAUAAAAUAAAAUUCAUUUAUUUCGGAUCCAUAUAUCACAAUUUACAUAAAAAAACAAUUUACAUAAAAGGGUCGGUAUUUGCAGUAGUGUGCAGCAAAGAUAAUUUUCACCUCACUCGCUCGGAAAACCUCAGUUUAUAGCGCGAAAUCUGCGUGCAAAUAG